CAGUAAAUAGUUAUACAAACAUGACCGCCAAGUCUAUCAACCACCUCCCUUUCACACAAUCCAAAGCCAAUCACAAUGAUGAAACAACAAUCCACAACAUCCAAAGCCCUCUUCGGCCUCUCAAUCCUAAUCUUCGUUUUCGGAAUAAUACAACUAUCGCUCUCCCUCUCAGUAGCACACAAGAUUCCAGCCGAGAAAGCGAAAGCUCAAAUUGAAGUGACUUAUCCUUGGCCAUACGAUGGAAGCAAUUCGACGAGCCCGUACAAUCCCAGGAAUUACUAUCCAUAUAGUUUCCUCACCAGUGUAUCCGACGCCAUCACGGCUAUAGCAGCAUUAGCUCUCGCGAGUGGAGCGCUGGGGCUAUUAUUCACGUUCAAGCCAGAGUUUGGUUGGGUAUGUGGCACGAGAAUGCCAGAGCGAGAACGAGAAGAAGCUGAUAGAUAUCGACACAGCUCCCGCUUGGUUUCUGGCCGUUCUUGCAUACAGCUCUUCAAUCUGUUGCAGCGCUGACAGUCUUCGUGCUGCUCAUCGCGUCAUGGGAGAAGCAUUAUUCGAGUUCGUGAUUGGUGUUAGAUGAACGUGGUCACCUUGAUGGCGAUUACAGCUAUGAGUCUUAUACGUGCCAGAUGCGUCGUGGGUUUGAUGGAAUAGGAUCGCGUGACUGGAUGGGAAAGUAUUGCGGGAUGGCGGUGGCAGCUAGGGCGUUCACAGUGCCAGUGUGCUUGCUACUCAUGGCUAUAGCGGCAAUGAGUGGGAUCCAGAUGAAGAAGGCCAAUGCUUCGGCGAAAGCCAUCGAGAUGGGAGACUUGCGGGCCACGGAGAAGCAAGCCAACCUCGAGCGACGAAGUUUACAAGGCGAUUUGUAGCGUACGAGCUGUAGUCUCGUAGUGCUGCAUCCUGUGGUCUGAAACAUCAUGUACUCCCCUGCUUCACAUGUAAUUCGCGGGAUUGAGCCCUUCGACCUUUGCACUCUUGGCUUUGCCGUCGAAGACGAACUCACUCAUCAAUUUUCCGGUGCCUGGACCAUUCUGGAUUCCCCAACACGUAUGGCCUGCUGCUAUCCACAAGCCCUUCGCGCCUGGAACGGCGCCAAGCAAGGGAGCCGAACUGCCGUUGACCUGAGGCAAGUAGCAAGCUUGUCUCGCAGUGACCUCUCCAUCUCGCAGCUCAUCAGAGAUGGAAGAGACAAAGUCAACAAUAUCCUGACACCGCGACUGGUCGACCUCGACGUCAUCUGAAGUGGGAGGGAGAGGAACCUCAUGAUCGCCUUCGCCGCAAGCGUAGACUUCGUUGUUGGGGCGAGCGUAUAUUUCGGGACUGACAAUUUGACCGCUGUGAGGGCCUUUAGAUGCUGAGUUGGGAAACUUGGAGGGAAGCUUGAUUUGUGUGAAGAGAGCGUAGGGUGAGACGUUAGCCUGAAUAGUAACGGAGUGGGCGCGAAGGGCACCGAUGGGAGCGGAAGGAUACACGCUCUUGGUCCACGGUCCAGCGGCUAUGAUGAUAUCCGUUGCGGGUAUCGUGUGGUCCUUUCCGGAGGUCUUGUCCGUGUAUGUCACGCUCUCCACCUGAGACGUGUUGGCGUAGUUAAUACUCUUGACAGGCGACUGAGUCUUGACUUCGACGCCUUUCUCCUUUGCCAACUCAAUCAUGCUCUCCGUGAACUGUCUUGGAUGCACCUGCGCUGUUGUGCUGGGAUCACCCAUCUCGUCGUAUGCUCUCAGCGCGUCUUGCGCCACCCAGUCCAUGUCCUCAGGUAUACCCAUCGCGCCUCUCUUCGCACUGCUCUUCUUUGGCGGAUUCUUCUCCAGACUCACAUCGUCAGCCUUUGCGCCAGCUCCCAUCUUUCCGUUCGCAUUUGUGCCGUUUGCAGAACUCUCGUCCUUGCUCUUCUUCUCGGGCAGCACUCGCCCUACGCAGUCCACCUGUCCACAGUGCACCGCUCGAUAGCCCCAUCUCUGCGCUCCGCCAUGCUCUUCCGCAAGCUCUUUGUGUAGCCCGUAGCUCAGAGGCACGAUGCUCUUAGGAUAUGCCCAUAAAGCCAACAAUCCGCCUGCCUUGCCCGAUGCGCCGCCUGCGAUCUUGCUCGCUUCCAGAAGUGUAAUC